GUCCCUUUCUUCCCUCUUCCGCUUUCCGUUCCGUCCUGCUCCGCGACACCUUCAUCACCACCUCCACCCAUCCACAUCCAAUGGAAGACGAUCUCAAGCCCUACAUGCGCUCCAACGACGAGCUCCCGCAAUAUAUCCGUCGCCGGACUGUGUCGGAUGCGCCGGAGGAGGACGAGUACAUGGAUCGUCUGAACGACCCGAACAUCGAAAUCAAGCGCCCCCUCGCCCACCCCAUCAGCUCCGAGUCCUUCCGCGGCCCCAAGGAGGGAUACGCGGUCUCGGAGGACGGCGCCGAGUCGAGCGACAGGUACUCGGCCCCGUCUCGCGCUGGGUCACGCGACUCGACUGCGAUCGAAUUCGACGACGAGUCACCUUACCCUGAAGUCCGUGCGGCUGUCUCGAGCGUCGAUGAUCCCUCCAUGCCUGUCAACACUUUCCGCAUGUGGUUCCUAGGCAUCGUUUUCUCUAUUCUCUUUGCAGGAACCAACCAGGUCUUUGAUUUGCGCUCCCCGGCUGUUUUCAUCAGCAACAUCGUUGGCCAGCUUAUCUCGCUGCCUGCUGGCAUGGCCCUUGCUUUUAUUCUUCCCACGAAGACCUUCAAAACAUUCGGCCUCAGAUCUUUGCAGGAACAUGUCUGUAUCACGACGAUGAUCAACGUCGCUUACAUUGGCUGCUAUGGCUCUGAUGUGCUGCUCACGCAGAAGAUGUUCUACUCCCAGAACAUCCCGUGGAGCUACCAGCUUCUGCUCCUCCUCGGCACGCAGGCCUUCGGGUUCUCGCUCGGUGGCAUCCUCCGCCGCUUCGUCGUGUGGCCGGCAUCGAUGAUCUGGCCCUCUGCCCUCGUCAGCUCCGCUCUGUUCAACACGCUGCACAAGAACUUUGGGAAGCGCGACCGCGGUCACAUGACGCGGGAGCGCUUCUUCUUCCUUGUCGCGGCAGGCAGUUUUGUAUGGUACUGGGUGCCUGGCUACCUGUUUGCUGCGCUGAGCGUCUUCAACUGGGUCUGCUGGAUCGCCCCGAACAACGUCACCGUCAAUGCCUUGUUUGGCGCCAGCUCGGGCAUGGGGAUGAGCGUGAUUACCUUUGACUGGGCCAUGAUCUCUUUCAUCGGCAGUCCCUUGAUCACACCCUGGUGGUCGCAAUUCAACACUUUGGCUGCUGUGGGACUUGUAUUCUGGAUGGUUGUCCCCAUCAUGUAUUUCACCAACACUCUGUACACUGCUUACCUGCCCAUCUCCGCCUACAACUCGUUUGACAACACUGGCAUGCCGUACAACAUCAGCGCUGUGAUCGAUGGGACGACGGGGCUGUUCGACGCGACGCUCUACGCGCAGUACUCGCCGAUCUUCAUGACCGCCGCCCUGUGCAUGGCCUACUUCAUGGCCUUUGCCUCCUUCGGUGCCAUCUUCACGCACACCUUUUUGUGGUUCGGGCGCGACAUCGUCCGGCGCUUCCACUCGACGCUCAAGGACGAGAAGGACGUCCACUCCCGCCUGAUGCAGUCGUACGCCGAGGUCCCGGGCUGGUGGUACCUCGCCAUCGGCGUGAUCUCGACGGUCUUCAUCUUCGUCGCCGUCGAGAUCUUCCCGACGGAGCUCCCCAUCUGGGCGGUCGUCGUCGCGCUCGCGUUUGCGAUCGUGACGGUCGUGCCCCUCGCGAUGAUCCAGGCCAUCACCAACCAGAGCCUUGCCAUGCAGGUCGUCGCCGAGAUGAUCGCGGGCUUUGCUCUCCCCGGCCGCCCGGUCGCCAACAUCAUCUUCAAGACGAUUGCAUACAACGGGACUGCGCAGGGCAUCGUAUUUGCCGGUGACCAGAAGCUCGGCCACUACAUGAAGAUCCCUCCGCGCACGAUGUUUGCCAUCCAAACGGUGUCCUGCGUGCUGACGGUGUUUGUCACGUCGGGUGUCCAGAACUGGCUGAUCUCCCACGUCGCUGGUAUUUGCACCGGUGCUGCCGUCAACGGAUUCACCUGCCCGUCGACGACUGUGUUUGCGACCGCCUCCAUCACAUGGGGCGGCAUUGGCCCCCACCGCCUCUUCGGCACCAGCGGAAUGUACAACAGCCUUCUCUACGGCUUGCUCUUCGGAUUCCUGGCCCCAAUUCCGUUCUACCUGCUUGCUCGUCGGUACCCGCUGUCCUUCUGGCGUUACAUCAACAUGCCCGUCUUCUGCGGAGGUGUCGCUGCCAUCCCUGCGGCGUCCGCCUACAACUACGCCGCCUGGGGCCUGACAGGAUUCAUCUUCAACUACGUCAUCCGCCGUCGCUCCUUCAGGUGGUGGAUGCGGUACAACUACAGUGCUUCUGUCCGCCGCUCUGGACUUUGGGCUCGCCAUGUCCGUCAUCGUGAUCUUCUUCGCGCUGCAGUACUCCGGCACGGGCCCGUCCUCAACUGGUGGGGCAACACCGUCUCGUUCAACAACGCCGACGGCCUCGGCACACCCCUUCGUCUCCCGGAUCCCAGUACCGGCGUCUUCGGCCCCGCCAGCUGGUCAUAAGCUGUCCAGCCUCGGCUUGCUUGAUUCCCAUUUGGUUCAUCGCAUACAUUGUAUCACCACCACACCACAUCCAUCCGUUCUCUCUGCUGUGCAACUAUACCAUUGCUGAUUAUCACGCGCUCAUUGGCAUUUACUACAUAUCACUUAUUCCAUUUGCUUUGUACGGCUGCGCGCCCCUUUUGUACUUUGGCUCUAUGCUUGACGACUACAUAGAAC